AUGGCUACUGAAUCAACAUUAAAGAACGUCGACAGUGCAUGUGAAACGGCAGAAGAAUUUACGAGGUUAUUUUACAAACACCUUGAUAAUAGCAGACACCUCACCUCAAAGCUUUAUCUUGAUGCUAGUUUAUUAGUUUGGAAUGGUAAUGGAAUAAAUGGCAAUGCUAAGAUACAAAAGUUUUUACUUGAUUUACCACCCAGUAACCAUUAUGUGAAGACCAUUGAUGCUCAACCUAUUUCGGAAAACUUAAUGUCUAAUAAUCUAUCAUACCUUAUCCAAGCUUGUGGUGAUGUUACAUAUCAAAAUGAAGAAGUAAGGAAACCCUUUCAACAAACAUUUGUUAUUGUUGCAGUAGAGGGGAAGUGGAAAAUUGCUACAGAUUGUUAUAGAUUGCAAGUCCCUUACAGUACUUAG